AUGGUCCCUUCCACAUCACCUGAUACAUCACUUACACUAUUGGACCCAUUGCCGUCGUCUAUGGAUACCACAAGUGAUACAUCACCCGCUAUGGUCCCUUUUGCAUCACCUGAUGCAUCACUUACGCUGUUGGACCCAUUGCCGUCGUUGUCUGGACUAUCCGGCGCACUUUUGGGGCAGGAAGCUGAUACAUCACUGGCUGGACUAUCCAGCGCACUUUUGGGGCAGGAAACUUCCGGUCCUGAUACAUCACUCACUCAUACACCACAGCCCGUCUACAACUUCUUUCGAUACUCUCCCCCCGAUCCUCAAGACGACAGUGUUGAUCUGGACUUCAACAACACAAUUCUACCCAUGCCACCCAACUACAAACCGCCAUCUCCGCUACCUCCAUCUUCUCUGGUACUGUCUUCAUCCCCCUCCUCUCAAACAGAUUGUCUUCCUUCUUUGCAGCUCUCUCCCUUAACUUCCACCUCGCAAACUGGUCAUAACGUCUCAUUCAGUGAUGCCGGAGAAUUUCGUUUUGAGGAUCCCUACGACGACACGACCUUGCAGACCUUCAUGUCUCCUCCUCGUCUUCGCCACUUAUCGUCAACUCUCGCAAACACUGCUCAUAACCAACAUCGCACCUCUCCUCUAUACAACAAUACUCCUACUCCCGCGGAAAUUCCUGCUCCUGCCCACACUCCUACUGCUCAUAACCAACAUUGCACCUCUCCUCCACACAACAAUACUCCUACUCCCACGGAAAUUCCUGCUCCUGCCCACACUCCUACUGCAGUAGAGCUGCCUAAUUCUACUCAACCGUCUGUCGUCAUGCCUGAAUCUGAAUCUCUCACCGUGGGACCGAUUUUGGCCGCGCCUGCUGCCAGUGGUGGCACAUUGCUAGUCACAAAAAAGGCUUCUAAACGUAAACCCACCGAGAGCAACGCGGAGAAUUUGGAGAUGGCUGCAGUGAAGCGUCAGAAGGGGGGCGCAGUGGUUGUUUCCACCGAGAACUCUCAGCAUCAUGUCGAGGGAGGGCGGGGCAAACGACAGCGUUUUCAGUUGUCUCGCGCGGCCACUGCCAAUGCCAUUGGUACAUAG